AUGUGUGAACCAACCACCUCUCUUCUAUUGCUCUUUAUCCUUUGUAAAAGUUUGAGCUUCGGGGAAAUUCAGGCCAAUGAUUAUAAAUGUGUCAGCAAGUUGAAUUUCACGGAUGUUGAUGUAGUCAUUUAUAUUGGAUGUCGAAUUCCUUCACACGGCCCACCAGAACUAAAGGACUUGAUCGAGGACUUGAACGAUAUCCACUCGAUAUAUCCUCAAUUCGAUGAUACACUCAACGUCUACACACCUCGAUAUACACCGCAGAGAGUUAGGCGUGUAAUCUUUGCUCCGACAAGAGGAAUAUCAGACACGAUUGAUGGCACUCUCGACGUCUACGAUUCAGCCACCAAAGCCGCCACUUUGGCAUAUCUUGGAGCAUUUAAGAGCAGUGAGAGCGUUCUCGUUGUAAUCGGUUCGGAUGUCGCCAACAGCCAGGCUCCAUGGAGAGCGAAAAACAUGAUUGAACUAAACAUUGCUCUGGGCUCUCUGUACCCUCUUUACCAGCCUAAGAACAGAACGAAAAAGUAUGAACAAUUUGCUAUUUUUAAUGCGUCGAGAGAAGUCAUGAAGUUCUCCGAAGCCGUUGAAAAUGGACGUAGAAUCGCAAGGCACAUAACCAGUGAGCAAGGUGUUGUCUGGAGCUACGCAAAUCUUCUUCAAUUGCUUCAAUCUACUUUUCAAGACAAUGUAAUCCACUUGAACAUCUCAGAUUUUUGGCGUGCUAACAGUUCCACGGGGCCCUCUCUCGAAGGAAAGAUUUUCCACAUGAAGUACAGGCCGGUUGACGCUAAAAGUGCAGUCGUUUUGAUCACCAGCUGCUCAAUUCGUCGUGGAAUCGCCACUAUUGCUGGGUUUUUCGAAACAAUUCGAUGGCUGCAACCGAAAGCUACUGAAUUCCAAGCAGUAAUUGGCUGUUUCGAAGGCAAUCUCGAUCCUCUGUCAGACCUCCAUGGCAAUUCGUUGAAUGAGGUUUUCGGUAUUCAAAUGCCUAACGGUAAUGCAGACGUCUACGUCAUUGGCGCAGAGAAGGGAGUGUUAGAGCGAAGGAACUCGUAUUACUACGGUCAACAGCUGGACUACGAAUUUGGUCCACUAAUGGAUGAUAAUCGCGUGGCCAACUUCAUCAAACAAUCUAUUCGUAAGAAGGCAGCAAAAAAUAUAUUCUUCCUGGAGAAGGACGGUGAAGGAGAUUCUGCCAGUCCACUGUAUUCAACACCCAUUGCAGGGCUUGUAAACCGCUAUCUGCUAAAGCAAUUCAAGCAAUGGCAGUAG